CCACUCUGCAGUUGGACUCUUCUCCCUGAGUUUAUGAGGCCGCAGCUCUGGCGUCUCCCUGAUGACGUCAUAAACCAGUGACUGCAACUUCUACAGCACCUGGAUGGCGCUUCUUGUGCAUUAUUACCGAGCAGCUCUGACCAAGUUGCCGCAGCUGUAUUCUCGGGGGCUGCACGCUGAAACCCCUGUAGUUUAUGAUGUUGUGAUAGCUGGCGGUGGUAUGGUUGGGACAGCCAUGGCUUGUGCCUUGGGCAAUGACCCGCACUUACGUAACAAGCGAAUACUUCUUCUGGAAGCCGGGCACAGAAAACGGCUUGACCAUCUCCCUGCAAGCUUCAGUAACAGAGUGAGCGCGAUCAGCCCGGGCUCUGCCACGCUGCUAGCAAGUUUUGGUGUCUGGGAUCACAUCUCCAGCAUGCGACUGAAGCCUUAUAAGCGUAUGCAGGUGUGGGACGCUUGCUCUGAUGCUCUGAUCACGUUUGAUAAAGAUGACAUGGAUGACAUGGGUUAUAUUGUGGAAAAUGAUGUGAUUAUAGCGGCCCUAACUCGCCAGCUAGAAGCCAUGUCAGAUCGUGUGGAGGUUGUUUACCGGAGCAGGGCACAGGGGUAUGUCUGGCCCCCAGCUUACCACAGUACAGACAUAAGUCCUUGGGUACAAAUACAGCUGACGGAUGGACGGAGGCUGCAGACAAGACUUCUUAUCGGUGCAGAUGGCCAGAACUCUGUUGUACGAAGAGCAGCGGGAAUACAGAGUCUUGAGUGGAGCUGUAACCAGACAGCCGUUGUUGCAACGUUACAUCUGUCUGAGGCCACGGAUAACAACGUAGCCUGGCAGCGCUUCCUUCCUACGGGUCCCAUCGCUCUCCUGCCG